AACGCGUGGCCAGUGUUUCGCCUCCCGGUGUGGAAGAUGUAUGCCCUGCAAGUGCUGCCGACGUCACUGUUGCACAAAUUUAAUAUCAACUCGUUUUUUAACGAGACGUGUAUCGAGAAUAUCGACCGAACUAUACGUCAGAUUAUACGCGCGAAAGUGAGUGCCGGCGAUAAUGGCGACGAUUUUAUUAGCGAUGUUGUGCACUCAAAGCCCGAUGUUUAUGAUGACCAAGAUGUGGACAGUCUAGUGAUGGCGACCAAGACUGACGAUAUAAACGGGGUGAAAGAGCCGCUGACAGAGGACGAGGUGGUCGCCCAAGGGUUCAAUAUGUAUACGGCUGGGUUCGACCAAAUGGCAAAUCUAUUAGCGUUUGUGUCGUACGAGUUAGCGCUCAAACCGGAAGCUCAGGACCGGCUGUACGCGGAGAUCGUGGCCGCCGGCGUCCAAUCGGACGGUGAGAUUGGUUACGACGAGUUGCGCCGAUUGCCAUACAUGGAUGCCGUGGUGAACGAGACGCUCCGACUGCACGCCACGCCCGUCAAACUGCGGCGCACACCGGGUGUGGAUUUCCCGUUGACCGGCACCGGGAUUGUGAUCCGUAAAGGUCAGCCCCUGGAGAUUCCGAUCUACGCGAACCAUCACUCGGAUGAGUACUUUCCCGACGCCGAGAGUUUCAUUCCCGAUAGGUUUUUGCCCGAAAAUCGUCAGAAUAUAAAGCCGUAUACUUUCCUGCCGUUCAGCGCCGGACCCCGUGUUUGUGUGGGAAUGCCGUUCGUGUUGUUGGAGACUAAGCUGGCGUUGUUUCAUGUGUUGCGUCGCUUCCGGUUCGCCGUCCAUAAGGACACAAAAGUGCCGCCAAUUGUCAAAACGCAUCCAAUGAUCAAAGGACUCGUAUCGCUGUAUCUCUCGGUUGUGCCCCGAGAUUAA